AUGAACCCCAAGUAUCUGCUUUUUCUUCCCCUGGGGUUUGUCUGCGCCAACCCAAUCGAAGCCCGCGGCAAAAACAAUGGCUGCCCUGCUGCAAAUGGCGGAUGCAGUGGCACCUGCAUUCACACCGGAGGCGGAGACUAUUGUCGAACACAGUCAAAGGAUACUACAUACGACUUCCCCUGUGGAAGAGUAUUCAAUGGCAAUAGCCAGCAACUUACUUCUUGCGGAGGAAAAUCUGGUGGAUCUUGCACUGCAUAUGGAGAUUACGAGACGUUCUGCCCAUACUGGGCUUAG